AUAAUAAAUAUUGAGAUGGCAAUCACUUUGUAUGGUGUUUUGUACUCGAUGGUAAAACCGGUGAAAAACUGAAACCCUACCCCUUUGUUUCUUAAAUCCUCAUCAGUGUGCGGUCAGCAGCUCACAGCACCUUGUUAAACUUGGCAGAUUUAUGUACUUGUAUUCAGCUGUGCCUUUCUGGGUCCAUUGGAGUCUGCUGACAAAAUGAAAACAAAUUUCCUGUGCCGAAAUCUUCAAGCAAUAUUGGCAUUUAUGGAAGUGUUAAAAAAUAAAAAGUCCUGCAUUCACAAGUAUACCAGUCCCAAAACCAGGUGGAAGAAGAAAUUCAGUUAAAAACCAAAUGGCUGACUAAUAUAAGUUACCAAUGCUUUUUGUCAUUGGAGUUCAAGUAUGGAUAUCCUUUAAAUGCCAUUCGACUUUGCUUUGCUAACUUGUGUCAGUAGUUAUAUAAUCUGCAUACUUGUGCAUGAUCUGUGGAAUGAAUGUUAAAAUUCAUAGUUGACCAACAUUCUAAUCUAGAAUACAUAAUGAUGAAUUCACAGACUGACUGUAGGACAUGUGGCUGUCCAAUAAGACGGUCAUAAAUCAUAGAUAAUAAAAAUAUUCAAUAUAUAAAUGCAUGGUUGGUACGUCUGGAGCUACUAAAAGCCAUGGCGAUUCCUUGUCAGACUGAUGCAUGACAGCCAACCAAGUCAAGUGAUACAGGUAAUAGAAGACAUUUAUAUUAUCUGGUAAGAUGAGAUAUAACAAAUGUGCACAUAGAUUAAUUUAAAAGUUUUGUUAGCCAUGACAAGUCUAGUUAGACAGUGUGACUAGUUGGUUUGGGUGACGUAUAACGGCUUGCUGUAAUUAAUUUCUACCACAGUAAUUUAAACAUCAAUUUGACAGAUUAUUUUUUUCUAUUAAAAGUAGAAUUGCAUUAAAAACUAAAUUGAACUUUAUCUUCCUGUGAAAUUUGUCUACGUGAUUAUUUUCCUGCAAACGUAGGUGUGGACAAGAUGGUUCAGUGCCACUCCGAACGCGCUACGAUUGGUCCAAUAUCACGGUGACAACUUCCGGUGCAAUGGAGCACAAGAUUUGAAUUUAACUUCGUAGUUGCUUCCCUAUUCUCUCAGCCACUCUUAUUCUCUUAUAACAGAAGCGCAAUUGACUUGAAGGAAACUAUGAACGAUGCUACGUCCAAGUCUUUUCACAAAGUGGCUAAAAGAAUGGGGUGGAUGGAUGAGGGAGGACUGGAGGAAACGGAAAAGAAGUUGAUGAGUAAAAUUGGUAAGAGUCGUCAUGCUGGCACAAGUGGUCAUGGAUCAGCAAGUAAGUGGAGAAACUCUGCGUUGAGCGAAUCGAGUGACGAUGAAUUUGACAGGUUUCUUAUGGAAAAAGCCACACCCCAAGCUAAAGCCACUUCACACAAGCCACGCAGUCCUGCAAAGACAGGCAGUUCAAGCAUUGUGGUGGUGAGCUCAGAUGAUGACAAUACCGCUUUUGAAACAUUUCUUCAGCGGGCAAAAACUCCCAAUACUAAACCCAAGAAGACAUCUAAAAGUGGCAGUGAGGACAGCCUCCAUAAUUUUAUAGUUGACGACUACUCAUCAGAUGAUGACUUUGUUGAGCCAAAAUCAUCUUUCAAAGUUCCUAAGAAGACCAAUACUCCAACAUCCCAGCCUCAAACAAGGCGACCCCUGUCUCUGUUUAAUUCACCUGUCUUUGUCAGCGACGAUGAGGAUGAUGAUAAUAUUGUGCUGAAGAGCACUUGGAGAACCCGUCACACGAGGCCCAAGUCACUUCCAAAGACCAGUGAGAAUACUCCUCCUCUGUGCAAUGACGAUGAAACUUCGCCGUCACUCCCCUCUCCUCCUGCUCUGUCUCCUUUGUGUCGUCCUUCAAACGGAGCUAAAACAUUAGUGAUCUCUCCCAAGCGCACUUUUUCAGUGCCUUCCAAGCUGGAUGAUUCAAGCAGUUCUGAGGAGGAGUUCACAUCCCUGCUGGAGAGACUGAAAAAGAAAAACAAUUUCAUAGGGAAUUCAUUCCUACCGAACAACAGCAAAGAGAGCGAUAAGGAGCCUGCUGGGACAGUCUCAGUUCCUCCUGUAUCCCAAACACCAGGCUCUAAAUCAUUAGGUGUGAAGACACCUGGAAAAUCAUCGAUCUUGAAGCCCGCCGUCAGUCAGAGCGAGCCGAGACACGGUCCAACCAGCAAGAAUGUGCUGUGUAAGACCCCGGGCUGCUUCCUGCAGUCGCUCACAAAUCCCAGCUCCAGCUAUGUGGGCAGCUUUAAGCAGAACAAAGAGGCACUCACAAGUAAACUCUACCACCUGUACAACACCACAGUGUUUGAGAGUAAGCUCCCUGUGAAUAUGUCAGUGACCUGGAAUAAGAAGAUGCGUAAAACAGCUGGCUACUGCGUUACAGGGCAGGAAAAGGGUGGAGGAAACCGCUACGCCCGCAUAGAACUGUCAGAGAAAGUCUGUGACUGUGCAGAUCGUCUCAGGGACACACUGAUACAUGAAAUGUGUCAUGCUGCAACAUGGCUGAUUAACGGUGUAAGGGACGGGCAUGGAAACUUCUGGAAGCUCUAUGCUCGCAAAGCAACACUGGCACAUCCGGAGCUGCCAAUGGUCACGCGCUGCCACAGCUAUGACAUCAAGUACAAAUUCCAGUACCAGUGCACUCGCUGCAAGAACACGAUCGGCCGUCAUUCCAAGUCACUGGACACGCAGAGAUUUGUGUGCGCCCUCUGCACUGGUCAGCUUGUCUUGUUGACGCCUUCUAAGCCACGUGCUCCCACGCCUUUUGCCAACUUUGUCAAGGAAAAUUACUCGAGUGUACGACAGGAGCUAGCAGGACAGAGUCAUGCAGAGGUGAUGCGGAAACUUAGUGCAGACUUUGCCUCGAAGACUAAACUGAGUCAAAGCUGAGCCAGUAUGUGUCCUUUACACAGGCAGUCUAUGAAAUAUCUCAGUCAGAUAGUCUUACAUUAUUGAGCAGCUAUGAUUCUCAAUGUUUUUUUUUUCUGUUUGUCUGUUGAUCAUUAGAGUUGCUGUAACUGGAAAAACUGAAUGAAUAGAAAGUAAAUGUUUCUGAUUGUGUGCUUGUGUAGAUGAUAGCAUCAAACAAUGUCAUACUUAAUAAGUGACUGUGCCAUGGUAAAUGUCUGAUAUGAGCCUUUUAAUGCUGUGCUGGUGCGAUUUUUUUUUUUUUUUUUUUUUGUUGGCUUUGCACCUUCAAGUCUUCAAAUAAAGUUUAAUUCUUUAAGAUGGCCAGCACGUGCGCUAGCUACAGCCUGAACACAAUGCUCAGUGUUCCUCUGCUCAUUGUCAUCCCGCGCUCUCCGUCACUCCUCAGACACUCGGUUCUUGCUCCUCAUACACCUUCUCCUCUGCAAUAAUCUCCAGGUAGGUCUGCACAUUUUGAUUUUGGAUUUUUUUUUAAUUAACCAAACCCUUCUUAGAAAUUAUUCUCACAAACAUUUGAGCUAAAUCAUCAUAAUCAAUGCUUUUUCAGCAACUCAUCGGGACAAUCAAAGCAGUUCUUUUAGGAUGUGGGGAAGAUUUUUCUGUGACCCAAUUUUUGAUCUUCAGCGCUACUAAUCAGGCCUUGUCAUUGGUUUGUAAAUUCUAUAUUAUAUUUGUACAGUUCACUGUUUGUUAGUGACUCACAAUAUACACCAUUUUCUACUGUCAUUUACUCUGGAGAAUAUCACCUGUUUAUUUUAUGUAUUUUGUUUGGAGGCCACAUGACAACAUACUGUUUUGGAUAGGGAUAGGUGUUACUUGGGCUUAGCGCACAACCAGUCUGCAUAUAUGCUCACUGGCCACUUGAUUGGUUAUAUCUGUUCAGCUGCUUAUUAAAGAUCACAUCCAAGUACUCAGACAAAUUGCAGCAACCCAAUACACUGAAGCAUAGUCAAGGUGGCCUCCUGAAGGUCAGACUGGCCAGACUGCUUCAAGCUGUCAGAACUUCAGGCAACAGUGACUCAAAUAAUCACUCAUUACAACCAAGAUAUGCAGAAGAGCACAGAACCUGUCAAACCUUGAAGCAGAAUGGCUACAGCAGCAGAAGACCGCAUAGGAUCUGUGUUUAAUAGCAUCAGAAAAAAAUACAUUCAAGGUUUUAUGAUG